AUAACGCGACAGACAAUGAAGCUAGAGCUUCAAAAAUGGUGUCGUUGUGUUCUUCUUCAUCAGCCGAGUCGAAUGAUAUGCAAUAUGAUGCAUUAAGAUGGUCAUGCAUUGAACAAAGUGAGUCUGGUUUCUGGCACUUGUGAGCUAGUCAUGUCCACGGACUUUCUCAGCUCAGAGUUGGACACUCUGAGCGAUGUUAUUGGACUCACACCAUCAGAUCCUCUGGAUACGUUUGCAGAAAUGUGGUAUCAAGUGUUCCUUUGGGCUCUGUUUUCAUCCAUGUUUAUCCACAUUAUCGCAGCAGCGAUCGCCUUCUUCACGCUGCGGAAACAUAAAAUCGGAAAACUGGUGCCGCCUCUGAUGCUGGUGGUGGGCGUGGCCGGGCCGCUGACCGCCGGCGUCAUCACCAGUGCCACCAUCGCGUUCGUGUACCGCGCCUCGGCGUUCACGAUGCCGCCGUUCUACGCGCUGCUGUGGGGCUGCGGCCAGACGGUGGCCGGACUGUGCCUCUCCUUCAGCCGCAUUCUGGCCACCCUGUGAACGGCGGCUGACCGGCGCACACAGACUGAGAGCCACCCGUGGGCGGCACCCGAUUCUCAUAACUGGGUGCGUGGUGAUUUAGACAUUGAUGCGCUGUAACUCUAGCAAACCACUGAUUGGCUGUGAAGUGCUAACCACGGCUGAGAUGGAGAGUGUUGCUUGGUGGCAGUCGAGACACUGAUCUGACCGGAUACUGACGUUUCAUGAAUGUGUGGAAGUAAUAUGCUUCCAAGUGCAUACAGACUGCGGCAUGCUGUCUGCUGACGUGGGUCAUUGUGUGGUGCUAGUCCAUUGUCAUCGUUAUUCGAUCGAUGUUAUUUGUUAAUGCGUUGAUGUGAAACAAUGAGAUCUCUUGCAAUUAGCUAGAGGUCAUAAAUAUUGCGGUACUUUGAA